AGUUCAUGGAUGGAAGAAAAAGCUUCGUCUUUUCUUGGAACAAAAAUCACAGAGUGAUUCACGAGGAAGCGCUGCUGCAUUACUUUGAUCCAAGCAAGAAAGGACAGAAAUUUGAAUAUCAACCGCCACAAGGACCAUCAUCACAAACACCGCGGUCAGCGAGCUCUACCAAACUCGAGAUAGAAGACGUGGAAGAGGGGUCUGCACAGCAACUAAGUUCAAUGGUCUCUCGCGUUGAAAUAAGCAAUGAAAUGGGCAACAGGGCAGGCGCCCGACCUAAGGAGUUCAAUGCGUCAAGAUCUCCUAAAGGUCAAUCACAAAUUGAUCCCCUUCAAAGAAACCCUUUAGACCGGGAACCAGGACAUGGGUUGAAUACAAAAACUAAGAAGCAACCAGCUACGCAAGCCACAACAGCAAUGAAGUCAAGAGAUCCUCCUGCUAGAAGUAUUACUGGGGAACCUGUGUUACUGAGGAGUUUACUUUUUAAUGGAAUAAUAUCUUAUCAGUUAGCAGAUCUUCAACUNAUGGGACCCCGCAUUUACGGUCCCGGAUCACAUUAAUCAAAAUCUGUUUCAACAGUAUCACGACACGCCCGUGACUGGAGUAACAAUCGUGCAAGGCAUUGAUGGCACACUUCGAUGGUCCGUUGAUCCAAAGUUGAUUGAAGUCUCGAGGUCAAGGUAUGAAGGAAUACGGAUCGCUGACAAUGAAACUUUCAUGUUAAAAACUCGUAUCCUUUACGGACAGGUUUCCUUUCAAGAAAGUGAUGUACACUUUAGAUAUGGAAAUUGGCAAAUACCUCAGUACAUCGUUGAAAGUUUGAAAGAGGAAUAUUGUUUGACACCUUGUGGGGAACUCUACAUCAUUUCUGACGAUAGAGAAAACUUACGACAGGUGGUAAAAGUUGGGACAAUCAGUCGAGUGCGUUCUGCUGUAAGCACGCUUUCUGCUGUAAACAAACAGGGAUUUUAAAAAGUUAAUCAAGGCAUUGUUAGAAUUGCAAGUAUUGUUCAAGUUUUGGCUUUGAUCUGUUUAUUAAAUCUUUGUUGGAAGCGAAUUCCUUAGUUAAGCACCAUGGUACAAAAAACGUUUAUUUCAAAUAUUCUGCCUUGAGUAUUUUGAGUGCUAAAUUCAAAAUUUUUCAUUCUCCUAGUACCUUUCCUGGUAGCGGGAAAGGAAUUUGUGAAAAUAACCUUCUGAUUGAAAUUUUAGAAGCCGUUUCCCAAAGCUAUUUUUGAUUUGUAGGUAAUUUCGGUUAAGCGAGAAUGUUUAUUAUAAACGAGUCGGUCCAUUUUACUAUUACUCAGUCAAAUGGGAAUUUUUGCGUAUCCCUAGCACAAAAUAUGAUAAUAAACUUAACUAACCUUGUCUAGAAUAAAAGAAGCAGUAAUUUAGAAGAGUACAUGUAAUGAAUGAACAUCAGGAGAGAAUAAUCAAUUUGCUGUUCGUUGCAUCUGCUUUUCCUCACUGUUGUUUUGCAUAAAAGCCUCUUUGCU